GCUGUAAACAACCCUACAUGUAGCUCUAUGAAACAACAUUAUCUCAUAACUUCCUCCUUUUGUAGGCUGUCUUGCAGGUCUGUUUCAUCUGAAGUAGAAGGAACAGUAGCAACUGGAUCCAUCGAGAAGCUACAAUGGCUGUAUCUGUUCGGCCACUCAUUUUGGUUGGGACACUUCUGGUGUGUGGAUUCAUAAACCUAGGACAGGCAAAUCAAGAUGAAUGUGGGUGUGAUAUGUCCUGCACUGGACUUGGUGACACAUGCGAAGACUGCUUUGGAAGUAACGACUCGGAAUGUGAAAUUGUUGACUGCCCACAGGGCAUGUAUCGCUGCGGGAAUUUUGCCUGCUCGGAUGAGCCGUGGGAGGGCUGCGAUGAAGUGUCCAGCUGUCUGCAGACAGACACUUGUGGUGAUAGAUAUGCAGGUAGUUUCAACCCCUGCCCCGAAGAUAUCUUCAUGCCUGUGUCUGACGAGAUGGAUAAUGUCACAGUCUACUGGGACCGGCCUUUCAACCCGAACUCGGUACAAUUUACCAGCGUCAUCUUUACGUGUUUGGGACCGGGCCGCAGCGUCAGUUGUCAGCAAGAUGGAUCUGGUGUAUUCCCGGUUGGAAUCACAAAGGUCAUGUACACUGCUACAGAGACCGGUGGAUUGGAGAGAUUUUGCGCUUUCACUGUAACAGUCGCAGCGACGGUGCUAAACUGCCCAAAGAAUGUGACAACUUUGGCAGCCCCGGGAUACACAGAGACCAGAGUGACCUGGAAUGAUGAGGAUCUCCACGGCGGAUUGGACGGAGAAUCGAGGAGUACCAACUCCAGCGAUAAUCCUGGAGAUUGGUUCAUUAUCGGCACCCACCGGGUUACUUACGAAUCCAACCAGUACGGCCGCGUUUUCGACUGUCAUUUUUUUGUAACGGUUGAGGGACAAUGUCAAGUGGAAAUCACUGCUGAUGACAACUUUGGAGUUCUCAAUUGGCCAGCCACUCAAGCAGGCAACUUAGCAUGGUCUAUUGAGAUAUGCCCUCUAAUGACAGAAAGAGGUGCGCUUGGACUGCCCAAGGGAUUGAGGAACUGCUCCAAGGAGGCGGCCCCAUAUUAUUUCAGAUGGGAGAGCCACACCUCUGAAAGCUGCGGAGAACCAAUGAAUGACAUUACCCUCGAUGAUGUCAAACAGACCCAAGUUUCGGUGGGAAACGCACCAGAGGUAGCUGAGUUCCUUGCUAAUGAGACAUUAGUGGCGCAACAGAAUGGUGUUGAAGUAGAUGUGGAUGCCAUUGCCACCAUAUUGGGGAAUAUAGUCGGGGCAUAUUCAGGAGAUCCCCAGGUCACGCAAUCGGUGGUGGCAGCUGUUAACAAUGUCAUCCAGAAUUCGGAAGACAGCCAUGAGUUGUCCGAUGACCCCAACAGUUCCUCAGCGAUAGUCAGGUCCGUCGAGGACCAAGUAUCCCAGACUCUUCAGGAUGAAGGAGAUGUCAGCAUAGUGCAAGACACACUACAAGUUGAGGCGAUCAGCCGCAAUCGGUCUGAUAUCCGCAAUGCACUCAUCAUUGCAUCUGUGAGGGACGAGACUAAUGAACACGAUGAGAAUGAGGGCGGUCUUCAGGGUUCUACAAUCCGGACGUUCAUUGAUGCCAGUAUUGAUGCUGAUGUCCUAGUGUCUGUACGGAUACCGGCCAGCGGAUUCGAUAAUACUCAAGACGAAAACAAUGAUCAUACACAACUCCAAGCUGGCUUCGUCAUCUAUGCAACGGAUGCGUUGUUUCAGUCUGCAUCUCUUCAGAAUAACCAAGAUGAGGAGGGAUCACUGGUAGACGUCGCAGGACCCGUUCUCUCAGUGCUUCUUGACGACAAUACACUGAAUAACCUACAGGAACCCUUGGUCAUUACGUUUAAGGCACCUGAAAAUGCCACCGAUGCAACUUUAAAUUCGACAAAAUGUGUGUCGUGGGAUUUCACACUUGAAGAUGGUGUUGGUGAUUGGUCAAGUGUAGGAUGCAACUAUACUGGAGCUGAAGACGGCAGCUUGUUCUGCAAGUGCAACCCCGUAACCCAAAUUACUGAAAUGGUGCGUCCGGACACUGUGGCACGCAAGAGUAAGCGCGUCCGUGCAACCAACUUUGCUCUUCUUUUGGACUUCAAUGGACAGAAACUGCCUCCCCCUGCAGCACGGGCUCUGCAGUUGAUCAGUCAGAUUGGAUGUGCCUUGUCAAUAGCAGCUCUGACUAUCACGCUGGCUGCAUAUCUCUGUAUCAGGCAACUAAGAACAGGCAAAUCUCGAAAGAUCUUCAUCCAUUUCUGCGUCUCGUUGCUGUUGUUGUACAUUGUCUUCCUGGCUGGUGUUGAGAACGCUGUGAGCUCGAAGGUUGCCUGUGUGGUGGUGUCUGCCUUACUUCACUAUCUGCUCCUGAGUACAAUGAUGUGGAUGGCAGUCGAGGCCAGAAACAUGUAUGACAGCACGGUCAACGCAAUGAACCCUAAGGACGUCCACUACUAUAUGCUCAAGGCGUGUCUCUUUGCUUGGGGGUCUCCUUUGGUGGUGGUUGGGAUCACCGUAGGCGUUAAGACUGAUGACUACUGGAAUGAGGACUAUUGUAGCGUAGCUGCAACUUUGACGAUGUAUCUCGGUCUGCUGGUUCCAAUCGGCCUGGUCCUCCUCCACAACAUCAUCACCUUUGUCUUGGUCAUGCGGAGCCUCUUAAAGGUCCAGGAGGAGUCCACCUCAGAGCAGAUCUCCAAACGCCUCCAGAACGCCAUUGGUAUCUCGGUCCUGAUGGGCCUAACUUGGGUCUUCGCAUUCUUGGCCAUUGAUGUCGCAACCUUUACCUUUCAGUUGCUCUUCUGCAUUGCCAAUUCUUUGCAGGGUGUGGUUAUCUUCAUCAUGUUUUUCUUGCGCCCUAAAGAGGUCCGCAAGGCAGUGGCACCGUACCUUGGGUGGCUGUUCUGCUGUCUAACGUGCCGUACCGCGUCCAAUACUAAGACAGAAGAUGUGGGCCUCGCCACCAUUACUGGUGGAACAAAUGUGACACAGUAUGAAAAUUCUGUGAGCGGGAAUGAUAACCCACAUUACGAGAGUCCUUCACCUGUAUAUGAAAGAAGUAUAAAUCCACAUUGAAAGGUAUUUUGAAAGCUCUCUUUUGAAAGAAGUUUUAAAGACACUGUACACUAUUGGUAAUUAUCAAAGACUAGCCUUCACAGUUGGUGUAUCUCAACAUAUAC